UUGAUUUACAGGUGGUCAAAAGAAAGUUGGCUCGUACACACAAUGCCCUAGUUAGCAGCGGAGGCCACCACAAGUCAUUUAGCCGAUUGAAAGAUGAGUUUACGUGUUACCUUGGCUACAACCGGCGUUUUUGUCGGCUGUUGCAGUGGGAUAGUGUUCUUGGAGUUGCUCGUAAAGCUAGACCCAGGAGCAGGUAAUCUUAUAACAGCUGCGCAAUUUGCAUUUAUUGCACUGGAAGGUUUUAUAUUCACUGCAAAACUUGGUCGUGCUAAGCGCAUAAUUAGCCUAAAAGAUUAUGCGCUGUUAGUGAUCAUGUUUUUUAUGACCAGCGUGUGCAACAACUACGUUUUUAAGUUUAAUGUACCGCUGACGUUGCACAUGAUCAUACGUGGUGGUUCGCUAAUAUCCAACAUGUGUCUGGGCACCCUUAUACUUAAGCGGCAGUACAGGAUUAGUCAGUAUAUAGCUGUAAUUAUGAUAAGUCUGGGCAUAUUUAUAUGCACGUACUUUUCUAGUCGCCAGUUAAGAAAUGAUUCUUAUUCCACCGAGGAAGCGGAUAUGUUUUGGUGGUUCGUGGGCGUGCUUCUGCUUGUUUUGGCCUUGUUCGUAUCCUCUUACAUGGGCAUUACGCAGGAACUACUGUACAGACGCCAUGGAAAGCAAGGGCGAGAAGCUCUUUAUUACACACACUUGCUUCCGCUUCCUUUCUUUUUAUUGCUGCACGACAACAUAACAAAGCAUUGGUCACUCGCCUUCGAAAGCCCAGCUUAUAGAUUGCCCUUGCUAGGCGUUGCUGUGCCUCUCAUGCUGCUGUAUUUGCUGGGCAAUGUCCUAGCCCAGUAUCUCUGCAUUAGUUCAGUUUAUACUCUGACCACGGAAUGUACUUCGUUAACGGUUACAUUAAUUCUUACUCUGCGAAAGUUUGUUUCGUUAUUAUUCUCGAUUCUCUACUUUCGCAACCCCUUUACCCUUUAUCAUUGGGCCGGGACACUACUCGUUUUUGUGGGCACCUUGAUGUUUUCCAAUGUUUUGAGUUGGCGCAGCACAAAAGUAAAUACUGUGAAAAACAAAUGAACAAUUAAAUAAGACAAACAAAACCAUUCCAUUUUAAUUAUGAACAAAUAUUUGUUAUUCGGUGUUUGUUUUCUACAUUUAAGUACAGACAAAAUAAAAAUAUAAAAAUUCUUAGAAUUGAUCAUU